AGCUUUCAGGAAAGACAAGUUCAGGUUUGAAAUCUUCCAAGAAUGACCUCCAGGUUGUGCAGAGUGAGCACCUGGGUGAACUUUUAGGAAAGACAAGUGCAAGUUCAAAAUCUUCUUUUAAAAAUGAUCUUAAGAGUGUGCAGAGUGAACAGAUUGAGCUUUUGGGAAAGGCAAGUUCAAGUUUGAAAUCUUCCCAAAAUGACCUCAAGAGUGUGCAGAGUGAACAGUUGGAUGAGCUUUCAGAAAAGACAGGUUCAAGUUCAGAAUCUUUAAAAAAUGACAUCAAUAUUGUGCAGAGUGAGCAGCUGAAUGAGCUUGGAAAGAUGAGUUCAGGUUCAAAAUCUUCAAAAAAUGACCUCAAUAUUGUGCAAAGUAAACAGCUGGGUGAGCUUUCGGGAAAGACAAGUUCAGAUUCAAAAUCUUCAGGAAAUGACCUCAAGGUUGUGCAGAAUGAACAGAUUGAGCUUUCAGAAAACCCAAAUGCAAGUUCAAAAUCUUCUUCAGAAAAUGUCCUCAAGAUUGUGCAGAGUGAUCAGAGCGAGCUUUCUAGAAAGAAAAGUUUAAGUUCAAAAUCAUUUUCAAAAGAAGUACUAAAGGAUAGUCCAACAGAAAGCCAAAUAGAAUUAACAGAGGAAGUGGAAGUGGAAGUGGAAGAAUGCCGUAUUUCUCAGACAUUUGAUGAAUCUGAGGAACAGUUAAGUAUAGCAGAGGGAGAUUUGUCAAGUGGAAAGAAACAUAGCUUCAAAAAGAAGCAUCCAGAAGAAUACUGUCAGAGUUCAGAAGAGGUAAUACACAGUAGUUCCGUUUUAAGUGUAGCAGAAAGUUUUGAAAGCCCAGAGGAUGUGUCAUUCAUAGAACAAAUUUCCUCUGAGGCACAAAUCACAGAACUGGGCUUGGAGAGCAGCGUAUCAAUGCUGGACUUUCCGCAAAGUUCACUCACAGUUUGGGAUAGUGGUUUAGCUUCAACAAGUCACAUAGCAUAUGAAAAACAUUCAGGAGUAGAUCAAUCAAAAUCUAAAUCUUUGGUGAGGCACAUAUAUUUACAGACAUUUCCUUCUUUAGAGUCUGGCAUAGUCAGUGUGAUAGAAUUAGAUAAAGACUAUCAGAAUCCAUGGUUAGAUGAUGAGACCAGUUCGCCUGAAGAAGGACCCACAAUGAUGGAAGAAGGCUGGAAAUUAUCACUGGAGAGUUCAAAAACCCAGUUCCCACAGGAUAAGGAAGAAGAUUUACCUCAGACAGAUCAAUUAUAUACAGAAAAGAAUUUUGAAGAAAAAGAACUCGAUUCCGGUUUGGAAAAUGCAAGUACUUCCGUCGUGCAUAAACUUAGUGACUCAGAUAGAACAUGUCUCAAAUCUUUUGUAAGCGAUGUCUCUAAUGAUAUUUCCACAGAGAACGUUACUGAAUUAGGCUUAACAUCAGGGGCAGAGGUAGAAAAAGAAACCCAAACCUUUUUUGUUCCAGAUAGUGAAAAUGAAUUUGAGGAAUUAUACGCUAAUUCAACAAUUAGCAUGGAUAAAUCAGAUGAUUUCAAUGCAAAAUCUGUUUCAAGACCCAACUAUUGCAGUUUUGAAGAGUAUCUAUCAGGAUCAGAAGCAGAACAUCUAAAAGCUAAUUUUAGCAAAUACAUCCAGAAUUUUGUUGUAGAAAGACUUUCAGAAUCAGUACCAUCCCCCAAGGAAGAUUUACCAAAAAUCUUAGAGUACCUUUAUCUCAUAAAUGAUAAAAAAGAAUCACACACUUCUGUCAAGACUGAAAUACCUCCAAAAGAACAAAAUAAUUUCAAGGAUUUUCCAGAAACUUCCCAAAAAAGCAUGCCUUCUGUAAAUAAUUCAAAUUGCUCUUCAUUUGAUGAUAAACAUUUAGAAAUAAGAUUAAGAGCUCUUUUAAGUGAAAUCCUCCACCAGUAUAUACUAAAUAACCAUACAGAAACCAAAUUAAUCAGGGAAAGACAGUCUGAGAAUAGAUACCAUAAUUUACCUCCUUAUAGAACUAAAACUGUCCCACCAUUUUCACAUGAAGUAAGACAUGAUUAUCCAGAGAGGAGUUUUUCUGGAGAGAGUGAACUAAACAAGAGAAGUCCUUUAAGUCAAUCCAUACAAGACCUUCUAUCAGUUAUCUCAGAAAAUGAACUAUUAAAUCUAAAAUCUGAUUUAAGCAAAAGUCUUCAAAGCCUUUUCAUAGAAAGACUUUCAAAUAUGGGACUAAUCACAGAAAAGGAGUUCCAUAAUAUUAAUGAGAACAUGUCUUCAAUUAAUUCUAGUGAUAGACCAUUAAAGUUUUUAAGCUCAGAUCCGAGAGGACUAUACCACUUUCAGGAAAGGCCUUCCGAAAAGCAAAGUUACAAAACUUUUCCAAGAAAUAAGUCACAAGAGGUUACUGAUGAAAGGCUUUCAAAUAUAGAACUAGCCAGAAAGUUGGAAAGGGAAUAUUUUACUUUGCAUAAUAUUAAAAGGUCAUCAUUGGUGAGAGAAGAUGAAGGGCAAUAUGCCAGAGAAAGAGUUGGAAAACAUGGUCUAACAGGAGUAAAAGCUUCAAGAAAAAGCAGCCAAGAGUUCCUAUUUAACAAUUCAUCAGAAAGAACAACAAAACUAGUGUUAAGGGAACAAAAAGACCACAGUUUAAUGCAAUUGCCACAAGUAGAAAAAACUGGUUUUGAAGAGGAGAUCCAAGACCUAUAUGGCUGGUAUAAUAGACCAAAAACAAGCCAUUCAAAAGCUACUUUGAAAAUCAAGCCUCUGGGAAAAAAAGAACAUAUUAAGACACAUAAAGUGACUGUCAAGGAAAAACCUGAGUCAGUAUUCAUACCAUGUGUCCAGAAUUCUGAAGUCCAACCAGAAACUAAAGAAUAUUUAUACAAAUCCAAGUUAUCCUCAUCGAGUAAUACUUAUGCUUAUUUAAAUUCCGACGAUGAGGGAGAAUCCAAUUUGAAAGACCAGUGUUAUGGGGAGAACAACAAAAAGAAGCCCCUAUUAACAGUGACCUGGUAUCACAAAAAGUUACAAGCUGUUCACGUUAAGGCCAAAGAAACUCCUACUGAAAAAUGUGCAACAACCCCACAAUCCUUUGACCAUAGUAGAAAGGUAGACAUUAACAAUUCAAAACCAUCCAUAUUCCCAGAAGUCUUAAAAACAGAAAGUUUAAAGCCUAAACUUCGACGAGAAAGAGAAUAUGUUGAGAAACAAAAACGGCCCCUUUACAGGACAGCUAAGAUCUUAGCAGCCUCCCAGCCAGCCACAAGACUGCUUCUAAGGACGUCUCCACAAAGGACACUGCUAUUUCCUUGGGUGGGAAAAAGAAAUAUACAUGACUCUUCAGAAAAUAAAAAGGAAGAUUUACAUUUGACCUCAUUUAAGCAUCUCGAAAAAGCAAAAGCAAGAGCAAGGUUUGAUUUGGGAAGAAGCCCAGAUGAUAACCAAUACACAUUUAAAAACUUUGCAAGACCAAAUACUGCUCCAGAGUUUAACAAACGAUCGAAAGAAAACUUGGGGAAAUUUACGUCCCCACGGGUGGUGUCAGCAGGGUUAUUUCAUGUAAAUGCUACAAACCCAGGUCUAGAGGAAUAUAAUCAGCAAAAAGACCUAAAAGAUCUUGAAAAAUGUUCAGUCAUUUGUGAUAUUCUACAGUUGUUAAACAGUUCAUAUGUGAAACGCAAGUAUGAGGAUGAUUAUUAAGUACAUCACGAAUCCCCCCUACUAAUGAAAUGAGUAUAGGUCAGUCCUCUUAUUUAGCAGCUCACUAUAAAAUUUCAUCGUUAGAGUCAUUGUUUUCACUGAAAUACAAAUAAAC